ACUACAUAAAUAUUGUAUGAUGCUACUGUUUCCAGCACAGCACUGGCAGCUCGGUCGGCAUUACCAGCAUCUUCCAGUGCGGUGCAGCGACACAUCAGCCCAGUGAGGAAUAGACCACAAUGUACCACAUAUCAAUGGAUUUACAAAGACAGAUGAACGUCAAGAGGUGUUGACCGCAACACGGCUUAAAGGGAAGGAUUUGAGAAUAAAUAGCCUAAUAACCACUCACUCAAAGGAAAUGCCUGGCUAACUUCUAUGGGUAAACGAUCAUUCGCAGUCAACCCAUGUUUUCUCGACACCUGACCGCGUUUGGCUCUCACUGGUUGCCCCCAACUCAGGCCCCAUUGGGCGGCUGGAGGAACGUACAUUUCCCCAGUUAUCCAUGUCGGCCGGGUGUGCCCCCUCCACCUCAACUCUCCCAUCCCACCAGGCACCUCUCAGGGGCCUUCCAACCUCAAGAUACCCAUAACACCAACUGGGCAAGACUACAGUCCAAACAACACCUCCCACCAGGGUUCCCUUUUCACGGUUUUCCUCAUCGACACUUCCAACUUGGACUGAUGGAGUGCUCAGACAAGGAGCCUCCAUACAAGCGGAGGAGGAGUUCAGAUGAGAGGGCACCAGGGGAUAGAUCCAAGGGCUCCCCCAAACGAGAGUACGCACCAAGACAGGCUCGCAGUGCCGCAACCAGCCCCAACUGCUGGUUCAAAGACGGGAAACCACCGCCUCCUGGGACAAGUCCACCAAGACAGGCAUUGGAGCUGAAGAGACAAUGGGAGGACUUUUCACACUGCUAUAAGUCCAGACCCCAGUCUGGUGGUGGGAGGCGAGAACCACCCUUUGAGUUUUCUGUGAUGUCGUAUAACAUCCUCUCCCAGGACCUACUACAUGACAAUAACUACCUGUACAAACACUGUAGCUCCUCCAUCCUCAACUGGAAUCACAGGCUCUCCAACAUCCUGAAAGAGCUCAAAGAGCACAACGCAGAUAUAAUGUGUCUGCAGGAGGUUCAAGAGGACCACUAUGAAAAACAGAUCAAACCCUCUCUAGAAGCAUUAGGUUACCAGUGUGAGUACAAGAGGAGGACAGGCAGGAAGCCUGACGGCUGUGCCGUGGUCUAUAAGAAGGACCGCUUCUCCCUGCUGUCCAGUCACCCAGUGGAGUACUUCCGCCGGGGCAUCCCCCUGCUAGACCGGGAUAACGUGGGCUUGGUGCUGUUACUGCGCCCCACGGGAUCCUCCAGGCCGGAGGACUGCGUUUGUGUGGCCAAUACACACCUCCUGUACAACCCCCGGCGCGGGGACAUUAAGCUGGCCCAGUUGGCCAUGCUGCUGGCAGAGAUCAGUACAGUGUCCCGCCUCCCUGACGGCAGCUCCUGUCCCAUCAUCCUCUGUGGGGACUUUAACUCUGUGCCCUGGUCUCCCCUGUACAGCUUUGUUAGGGAGAGCAGGCUGGAGUACGACGGUAUUCCCAUAGGCAAGGUGUCAGGGCAGGAGGAGAAUCCCAGAGGCCAGCGGAUCCUGACCGUGCCCAUUUGGCCCCUUAGCCUGGGCGUCACCCAGCAGUGCCAGUAUGCGACUGCCCCUACAGAUGUUGACAGGGGAAUCACCAACCUGUCUGUGCAGGACUUUGCAGAACCACCUAUGGCAGCUAUGAACAGACCCAGUAUAGAGCACAGUCUGAGGCUGACGUCAGCUUACUCCCACUACCUGACAGAGGACAGCAGGCCUGAGAUCACCACCUGUCACUCCAGGACAGCCAUCACUGUGGACUACAUCUUUUACUCUGCAGGAACUGGGGACAUUUCCACUCAGCCAGCCAUGUCUGUUUUCCUCCCAGAGGGUCCAUUGCCAAGACAUGGGCUGCAGCUGCUGGCCAGACUGGCCCUGGUGGGACAGACAGACCUGGAGGCCGUCAACGGGCUGCCCAAUGAGCACAACUCCUCCGACCACCUGCCCAUACUAGCCUGCUUCCGCCUCUGCCCCUGAGGCUGGAUGUUAGGGUUCAGGGGUUAGCGCCUUGGACAGAACUGGGGGUCAAAGACCUGGGGAGACCCAUAAAUCCAUCCAUACCGCUCACCAGCAGCCAAACACCAAUUGUACACAAGCUCACCAUGGCUUUUGUCUCUCAUCUCUCAAGAUCUCAUAUCCCCAGGAAAUGUUGGAAAGGUACAAACACUGACACUGGUAGAUGUUGAACUUUAAUUUCAAAGACAUUAUUGAUGAAUUUGGAGCUUUGCAGUGGCCUGACUCUAGUGUGUAGAUCUAGGCUACUGCAUCAAGAUGUUUACACAUUUUAACUUUUUCGUGUUAUUUUUACAUUGGUUGAAGAUAUGAAAAUAGACACUUUUAGAUUUGAAUGAUUUUAUAAAUGUUGAUAAAUUCAUUUAAAAAAAAUAUAUAUAUAUAUCUUAAUUAUGUCAUGCAAGUACUAUUGGGUUUGAUAAUUAGCAAAAAUGAAUGCAAAGUACUUACCAAGGAAGUAUU